AUUUUGACACAUUUUCUUCAUUCAUAUUGUUUCUCUCUCUCUCUCCUCCUACUCCGUUGCAGGUCCUGACAUCAUCAUCAUCUUCUUCAUCCAUCUUUCUAAAACUGGAAUUUUAAGAGAACAAAUGCAAACUAAUUUCUGUUUUUAGAAAGAAAUUACUUUCUAUUGUUAUAUCUUUCUUGAAAUAGAAAGAGAAAGGUCCAUGUAUAUAAUAAGAAAUGGGUCGAAAUAAGCUUCCAAUGAAAAGAAUCGAGAACAACACAAGCAGAUUGGUCACAUUUUGCAAACGUAGAAAUGGACUCAUUAAGAAGGCUUAUGAGCUCUCCGUUUUAUGUGAUAUCGACAUUGCUCUCAUCAUGUUUUCUCCAUCAGGUCGCCUUAACCACUUUUCCUGUAAACGAAGAACCGAAGAUGUACUCAAUCGAUUCGUAAAUCUCUCCGACUCUGAUAGAGGAAGUGUGAUUCAACAUAGAGAGUAUUUGAACAGCCUCCUAAGCAAGAUCAGGAGUGAAAAUGAUUUGGCCAUCCAUAUUCCUUGUCCUGGAGCAAUUGAUGUGCAAUCGGAGGAAAUCCAUCAAGAAAUUAGCACCUUACAACAUCAAAUUCAUAUGGCUAAGGAACAAUUAAGGAUAUUUGAGCCAGAUCCAACGAACUUUACAUCACUUUAUGAUUAUGAAUCCUAUGAGAAGUUACUUUAUAAGACAUUGGACCAAGUUACACAACGCAAGGAAUAUUUGUUAAGUAACCAGCCACCUGCAUACCAUUCAAGUGUAUUACAGCAGGGAGAAAGUUCAUCCAAAAAUGAGGAUCUCAAUUGUUGGCCCGAAAAUGUUUGUGAUGGUACAAAUCGAAUGGAUGGACAAACCCACGCAAAUAUGUUUACCUCAAGUUCACCUGAAAACACCUAUGAAGUCACUAGGAACCAAUUGUCAGAUGCAAUAUUUGACCCAUUGCCAAAAUCAACAAUGAAUGAGGAACCACACAGCAUUGAAGGGUUUCAGGGUUGUAACCAAGAGAGCCUGUGGCAUCAGUCAACUGAUGAGCUGCUAUCUUCUCUUAUGACACAUGAUGUCACUUUCUCAGUGACCAAGGUUCCUGAUUUAUAAACUGCAUUGCUUAAUUCUCAUUUUAUUUAAUAGCAUUUGUCAAAUUAAACUAAGGAUAUCCACAAUACAUUGAACUCCAUAUAGUUCAAUGGAUUGCCACAUCAUGUUUCUACAAUUCAUACAACUCUAUUAUUUUUUUCCUACAAUGCAUUGAACUCUACAAAGUUCAAUAGAAUGUUAUAAAAUGUAAUUUAUAGUAUAUAUUUAAGAAUUAAAAACCUUCUUUUUUUCCCAUUAAAGAGUUCAAUGGUCAUUGAAUUCCAAAUCCAUUGAAUGUCAAGGUGACAUCUCACACUGGUAGAGUUUCAUCCAUUGAAUGACACAUA